AUGAUUUCAAGACAGCUAAUCAUCGCCGGUUUUUGCUUACUGUUUGGUAUCAUUGGAAUUCAAACGACUCUCUAUUGGAUUUUAUUGAUAAUCACGUUUAUAUUGGGAUUUGUGAUUCAUCUGAUUGUUCACAGACCAGAAUGGUUAAAAGCAAGUCAGAUACAAAGUACGAUUAAAACGGCGUAUAACAAACGAAAAUUAAUUACUCAUAUUGGCGACAUUGAUACCGACUCAUCUUUACGUACGAAUGACCGUGUACCCUUGACAGGAAUACCUGUUAUUGAUGAACCACUUUCUGAAGCAAUUGAUUUAUUUGUUCGUGAUUAUAUUGAAGUGUGGUAUAAAACUCAAGUGAGUUCGGAUGAAUCAUUUAUUCGUGAUGUUAAAAAUGGAAUCUAUAUUACAAUCCAACAUCUAGCUGAAAGAUUACGUGAAAUAGAUUGGUUAGAUUUUUGUACCGGAACAGUUGUAGAUAGUUUUGCAACACAUGUUCGAUUAUAUCGAAAAGCUAAAGAACGCAUGCGAUUAGAACAAUCAACAGAUGUUGCAGCAUGCUUCUUCGAUUUGGAAGCUGAAUACGAAAGAGGAAUCUGUCGAUAUGAAGUUUGUACGGAUAAAGACAAAGAAAAAGAAUUUCUUCGUGAUAUCGUUGAAGUUUUGAUUUAUAUUUUACUACCUGCCAAUGAAUUUCGUUGUGUUCCAGCUCGAAUGAUAUUGAGAGAAGUUGUUGUUAAUCUUGGUUUAAUACCUUUUAUUGAUAUGUACACAGAUCCGGAUGCUAUUAAUCAAUUGAUUAUUAGAAUGUGUCACCAAUUUCCAUUAACAAUCGAUAAUUUUCUUCUUGUUGCUCGAACUACUGAUUCAACAGCUGAAUUGUCAACAUUAGCUGAAAGAAUCAGUAUUGAAAUAAAUCGAUGGCGUUCAAAAGAUACCGGAGGAGAAAAUGAUGCAGAAAUUCGUGCAACAUUAAAUAGUUAUCAAUAUUUAAAAAGAUUACUCUCUGAACGAUUAGAAAAACAAGCACAAAUACCUAUAUUAGAUGACGAGGAAAUUUUACAAAAAGUGACUUAUCAUGAUUUACCAUUAACAGAAAUAUUGAAUAAUUGUAAUGGUUUAGAUUACUUUUUAAAAUUUCUUCAAACGAUUGAUGCUGCUGGCUACGCAAAUUUUUAUCUUAACGCUGAAGCAUUUCGAUGUGCUGGCUUAUCUGUACAACAGCAAAAUACAAAUGGAACUCAUGAACAACAUCAGGCGAAUUUAGAAAUACUUCGUCAUAUGGCAUAUGAUCUUAUUGAACAAUAUUUUCUUCCAACAGGAACAUUUAAAUUACAAAUGGAUGAAAAUCUAAUACAAAAAACAUUAAAAAUUUUAAGAACAGAAUCGAUGAAUGAAACAUUAUUGGAUGAACUGCAAUCAAAAGUUUUUGAAAUUCUUUCAUCCGAUAAAUAUUAUGGACAAUUUAAGACAACAUCACAAUAUUUAAAGGUUUUAAGUGAAAUUGACCUAACGGAUUCAUUAAAUGAUAAUUCAGAUAAUGUUUCAUUAUCAAGUAAUAACAGCAAUGAAAUCUUAGCUGAUUAUACUGAACAACAGCAUAAUUUUAAUUAUCCCCCUCCUUCUGGAUCGACUACUAGUAUUACGAAUGCUUCUUUUGUGCCUGACAUGCUUGAAAAUAUAAAUAACUAUUCAAUUACAACAGAAAUUAAUGAUUCCGGUGUAUGUUGUGAAAAAGGUGAAAAAUAUGCCAUAUAUGUUAUAUCUGUAUCUUGUAAACCAUUGCAUGUUCAUGGAAAUAAUAUUGAUGAUCAAAGACGUGAAUGGAUAACUUAUCGUCGUUAUAGUGAAUUUCAUGAUUUCGAUAUAGUAAUAAAAAAACGUUAUGCAGAUUUACGUGAAUUUCUUCAUCUGCCAAAUAAAAGUUUAAUAAAUAAUACAAGUCCAGAAGUACGAUCAAAGAGACAAAAGGAAUUGAAUGAUUAUUUAUCUACAUUAACAAAAACGAAAGUUCUUCACUCGCAUCCACAAAUCGGUGAACUUGUAUUGAAAUUUUUAAGAAAUCAACAAUGGAAACAAGAGCAAACAGAAUUUGUUCGAAAGGAUCUUCUUAUGUCUACGAUGGACACAAUUGUAAAUCCAUUUAAGCAAGCAUCAAUUGGUAUCGCUAGAGGUGUAUCGAAACUGGGCGAUGGAUUGACGAUUGUAUCAGAUAGUGUUGUUGAAAAUGCGGGAAAGUUCUUUCGAGCACAACAAAAUAAUAAUAAUCGAACAAAUAUUCAUUUAACAAGAGAUAUGCAAACAUUUCCUAUUGUUGAAGAAACUCAAGUUGAAAAUGCUAAAAAUAUUCCACUUCGUGUACUACUUGUCAUCAUGGAUGAAGUAUUUGAUCUUAAACAAAAGAAUAUGUGGUUUCGUUCACGAUUUGUAUCAAUAUUGAAAAGAUUUUUACGAGCCUUUAUGGGUGACUCGGUGAAUCGUCGUAUUGGAACGUUUAUUCAACAUUGGACAUCAGCUCCAAAAAUUGCAAAAGAAAUUACUCGUCUCAAAGAUGAAUUUUGGCCCAACGGUGUUUUAGCUGAUAAAGCACCGGAACGAGAUGAAAGUGUACGCAAUGUAACACAAGUCCUGUGCAAAGCAAAAUUACUCGGUAUUGUUUCAGAUGAGCUUCGUCAUAUAAUUGGUAGUGAAACAACUCGUCGUGGUCUAUUACGUUUAUUUGAAUUGUUACAAAAUGAAACGCUCGAUCGUCGAUUUGUAUAUAUAAUUUUUGAAGCAUUACUCAUAAAGCUAUUUCGACCGAAUGAUCUACAUCUGGUAUUUGAAAAACUUUAUUCACAAUCUGCACGUGUGAAAGAAGAAUAUCGAAGACGAAUCUUUGAACACGAACAUUUCCAUAACGGAGUUUUAAAUACACAGCAUUACAAUGAAUCAAAUCAACGUCCGUAUUAUUUUAAUCGUUUAUCUGUACGAACUGAUGAUGAUCAUACAAAUUUAAGUCGUUCGAAUAGUAGUGGUCUCCAACAAAGAACUUUGCCUAGAAGUUUAUCAAAAAUCUCAAAACAAUAG